AAGGUACCCACAUUCUCGAGCGGACGCCUCGUCCGGCAUCUUCCUGCUCUCCGGCCAUGGCACACGACGGGUCCUCAGAUGACGAGUCUGCCUUCCUAGAUGCACAAGACACUAGUGAACACGACAACAUCGCUCUCCAUUCCAAAGACCCCCUAGAAGGCGAGUUAUCACCCAGUUCGUCCUCAAUAUCCCCUCUCAAACACAGCUCUCCAGCUGUCAUCGGCCGUCCCAAGGCUGCAUCUGCCGCUGCAGUACCCAUAUCACUCUCAACCAAUAGAACCGACUUAAGCAGCUCGAAUGAGGCCACCCUCGGCUUCGUGGACGCUCAUAGACGCACACAAUCGACCGGGAACUUGCGACUGGAAAACUCGACUAUAAUGGUCCCUAUCGCCGUCAAUACUGCAGCUACUGUGGCCUACCAGGCCAGUCCGGCACACUCCGAGUCUGCUCUAAUGGCUAAAGGUAUGGCGCCACCUCCUCCGCCCAUUUCGGUGCGACCAGCAGCUGACACAAAACCCAACGGAUUUUUGGCCAAGGGCGGGAAUUUACUAGCCGGAAUAACCGAUUUUGCAGGGUUAAAGUCGCCUAGAGGCACAAUGCAGAAGGUGCACGUUGUGUACCCCUCCCCAGGUCCACUGUACGUAGAUUUAUACUCGAGAGACGACGGGACUGGAGCUCUCGUGAAAGGAUUUCGCCGAAAACCUGACGGCUCAAAGGCCGACGCUGAAGCUUCUGGACGCGUGUAUCCUGGUGACGAGCUGGUGUUCAUUAACGCAGUGGAUGUGACCAAGAUGGUGUUCGCAGAGAUCAUCACCACGGCCAAAGAGGCGACGUUCCCAUUAACUUUAACGUUCCAUUGUUUCUUUAAGAAUAAACAGGAACACGAUAAAUUGACACAAGAGAAGCCCAUAGAACCGGAAAGAAAGUACGCGAGUGGCCCAUUACCGCCAAUGUCGCCGUCCAGCAGUAACUGGGGCGCGAGACUGAGCCAGAUGACGAGGUCCGGGUCGUUUGAGCACAAGACGAGCGGGUCCGAUCUCACUAAUGACGCGCCGCGAUCACCGUCGCCCAGUUCAGAGUCAAAUGGAGGGAAAUUCGGCUUCUCGUUGGGCAAAGUGGGUACUGAUAAUGUGAAGAAGAACCUUUUUCGUAUGAUGGGUAACAAACCUUCGCGACCUGAAGAAGACAAGAGCGUGGUGAAAGGCUGGAUGAAUGAUCUGGCUCUCAAGCCACACAACAGCUCAACGGGAGGACGGCAUCGCAGAGCGCCUGUGAAUACAAAUACUGACGUGUUGCAUUCGACGCCCAUUGUCGCCGUGACGACAGGAGGAAGGUUUGUGGGUGUGCUGGAGGACGAUGUGAACGAGUUCGCGCUCACGUGGUUUAGGAAAACGCCGCCGGAGAUGGAGAUUCGACAGAUUAGGGGCGUCAAGCGGUGUCCAUACUUCCCGUCCGUGGACGACGUGGGUGCCAUUCUAUCGCUUCAGUGCGAGUCGUUGCGCUUUCCUCAGUUGAAACGUGUAGUGGAAAUGCCCAGUGCUUUAGUACUAGAUCCAGCUGUGGGGAAUACCGUUGACGUGUUGCUUGAAGCUGGAGCAGGAUCGUUCUCUGCUACGUUGGCUAGUAAUGAGCACGACAGCUUCCAGAUCAAGAUCUCUUCAGAUGAUGUGAGUCUAGUCAAGAUAUCAGAAGACGAGGACGAGGGAGGUGUGGUGGUGAAGACGGCGUACAGCACUUUUCUUCAGGUUUUACUGGAUCCGGCUGACCAGCUACGGUUUACACUGAAGGUCCAGGAGUUCGGUGGCUUUCUGGGUAACCGCGAAGGUGACGUGUGUGACCUCAAGAAACGACAGGCGCAACUCCAAACCUUGUCGUGUUUCUUCUUAGUGGCGCAGAACAGACAGAACCGCGACAUUAUGACGCUGUUGAUCCGUAAGUUUCGAGCACGCGUGGUCUCGUCGGAGCAGGAGGCACAAGCGCAAGCGGACGAGAGAAAUCUGUUCAUGGACCCAGCGUUUGUCGCUGCAGUGGCGCCUCCACCAGCAUUAACUGCAUCUCAAUCCGUUGGCUCGAACUCAGGAGCCAUGUCACCUGCUAAUAAUUCCGAGACAGCGAGCAAUACAGGAUCACCGGCAACCACUCCGUCCUCGGGCACGGUACCCUCUCCUGCGAUGAAGAAUCGUCUACGCUUACAAAGUGAGGGCUCCUUCACGUCCGUGUCAAGUGCGAGACUCAGCGAUCUCGUGGGCUUGGAGCCUGAUGAUGCUGGAGAUCCGACGUCUGAUGUAACUCCAGUAGCAACGCCACCGCGUUCUGCCAUGAAAAAUGGCUUCGGUGAGAGCAGCACUAGUAUCGCAGGUGACAAUGGCUUCAUUGAAGGUCGACUUGCAGCACAGGACCAGGAGAUCGCGAUGCUUCGAGAGAAACUCUCGUCCAUGUCGGUUCUUUUGAAGACAGCGGAACAGGAGACUAAGCAGGUCACUGCGUCGCUGGAAGUCAAAGACAAUCGCAUCGAGCUGCAGCAAAUGAAGCUUCGACAAUUUGAAAAGUUUCCAGGACAAUGUGACGCUCAAGCGCGAGAGAUUCAAGCGUUACGUGCCAAGUUAGAGGACGAAGAGCGCAGACAUGCACAGUGCAGAGAAGAGCUGCAACAAGUGCUCCAUGUGGCAGCUAAGCGAGCAGCAGAGAUGACAGAUCAAGGAGUUCAAACGGAGACUCAGUUCCUGGAUGGAGAGGGCCUUAUAGACGCGACUGUGAGCUCUGCAUCUGGCUGGGAACGUGAUGCGUGGUCUGGUACUGUGGCUACAGUUAGUGCAGGCGACUUACAGCAACAGAUCAAGGACCAGCAACUCGAAAUCUCCCAGCUACAAGACGAACAGGUCAAGUUGAUUACAGAGCGAAAUAUGUUCCGCGCUAAGUCCCUGGAGCUCUCAAGAGAACUUCGAAAGUUGGUAGGAGCCAACAACAACCGCCCACUGGACGACCUCGAGGCGCAACUGGCUGAACGUAGCUCUCUUCAAGCCGAGCUCGCGUCUGUCAAGGCGGAUGCUAAGAGUGCAGCAGACGAGUUGGCUGAGCUGGAAAGUGUACUCGACGGUGUUGGGGACAAGGAUAAAGGCACGAAGCGUCUCGCUGCUCAGAACGCAGAGCUACAACGCACUGUGCACCAGCUUCAGGAUUCUCUAAGCGAGUCGAGAGAUCAAGUGGACGCAGUUAAGAAAAUUAACAGCGCGCUUGCCUCUCGUCUCCAUCGUCUGCAACCGGAGACUCGUGGUAGUAUCGUUGAAGAAGGGCCUACUUUUCUGUCAACAGGGUUCCCUGCGUUUACCUCUGAUGAUGAAGAUGACGACGAUGAAGAAGAAGACGACGAAGAAUUGCAAGACGGACUUGCAGAAUUCCGAAGGUCCUUAGUAGGUCAGUGA